AUGGUAUUAACCAAUUGCCUUAAAUUAAGAAUCAAAACUGCAGUGCUUGCAAUCUUUGCAAUCGAUAUAAGUUCUCUCUUUUUCCAUCUAGGAAACCUGAGUGUGGCCUUAUUGAUAAAGUAUGAUGAAUCUUUCAUUGAAAAAGAGAUGAGCUAAGCUAAAUCUGAUUAUAAAUCAGACCAUAAAUAAGCAAAAGUUGAUGAAAGUGAAAUAGAGUUUUUGGCCAGUUGCUCACUGAGCGUUAUAAUUUUUGCUGGAGUUCUCAUAACCGCUCUCUAUUUCUUGAGAAUAGCUGCUUUUAUUCUCAUGAGAGUUUAUUGCGAUGACUAUUAGAGAAGAAAAACCUGUUACAAAAUAAGAUUGGCUACGUCAGUUGCACUGGUGAUUCUUGUAUCUAGUAUAAUUGCUAUCAAUUCUAUUCUAAUGAAAAAGAGUCACGGAAUUACUUCUUUCAUAAAUGUACCUGCUAUCUGGUUCUAUGGUUUUAUCUUAAUAUACUGUGUUGGAUUAGAUUUUUACUUCAGCUUCCUUUACGAGAAAUACUUUAAAAAAUCAAUUAAUAAAGCACCAGCAGCUCAAAGAAGGUUGCGUAGACUUGGUCUUGAUUCUGUUUAGAACCCAAAUUCGCCUCCCUUCAAUCCAACUUUGAAAUAUCUAGAAAAAGUAUUCCAUGGGAAAAGUGAUGGCUAAGAAAACGAUUCUACUGACACUUCAAACAAUAAUAGUCCAUAAGGUUCUUAAAAUGGAAAUUAUUUGGAAUCGGUCUUUUCAAUCAGAACAAACCAAGAGGAUGAUGAUUAAUAAAUGUUCUAUGAAAGCAGAGUGACCUUUGGACCCACCAGUGGAUUCCAAAAGAAACUCAGCUAUGAAGAAGUUGUACACGUUUGA